UCGGGCGGUGCAGGAUUGCGGGGCUCCCCGAGAAUGCGGUGGAUGGGAGAUCCCGCAGGAUCAGGGCUCUGCGGCAUGAGGGGAUCCCCUGGGAUCAGGGGGGUCCCCCAGGAUCAGGGCUCUGCUGGAUUAGAGGAUCCCCUGGGACUGGGGAGAAGCCCUAGGAUCAGGGGGAUCCCCCGGGAUCUAGGUUGUGAGGGAUUGGGCUGUUCCUUGGGAUCAGGGAAGGAAGGGGGGGAUCCCCCAGGAUCAGGGCUCUGCGGGAUGAGGGGAUCCCCUGGGAUCGAGAGGGCAGGAGCCCACAGGAUGAGGUCUGAGGGGGAUUGGGGAAGGGGGGUUCCCCCAGGAUUGGGGGGGAGGUCAUCUCCCAGGAUCAGGGAAGAUCCCCAUGGGAUCUAGCGCCGGAAUCCGCUCGGCCGCAGGAUCCGCUCGCCCUUUUCCUCCCCCCCCCGGCAGCCCAGAUGCAGGCGCUGGCCCACGGCUCCCGCGCCAUGCGGCUGGUGCAGUUCCGGCUGGCGGCGGGAGGUGAGCCCCGGCUGGGGCUGCAGGACGAGGAAGAGAGCGGCAGCGUGGUGGACCUGAGCGCCUGCAAGCCGGCGCUGCCCCGCACCACGCGCGCCUUCCUGGAGACGGGAGAUGCCGGCAUGGCCGCGGCCCACAGCCCGGACAAGGUGAUCUGUGUGGGGCUGAACUACCGGGAUCACUGCUUGGAGCAGGAUGUCAAGAUCCCCAAGGAGCCCAUCAUCUUCAGCAAGUUCCCCAGCGCCAUGGCCGGCCCCUUCGACGAUAUCGUGCACCCAGCUGAGAGCGGCGAGGUCGACUGGGAGGUAGAGCUGGCCUUCGUCAUCGGGAAGAAGGGCAAGCACAUCACCGAGGCAGCGGCGCUGGAGCACGUCGCUGGCUUCACCGUCGCCAACGACGUCAGCGCCCGGGACUGGCAGAUGAGGAGGAACGGGCGGCAGUGGCUGCUGGGGAAAACCUUCGACACCUUCUGUCCCCUGGGCCCGGCCCUGGUCACCAAGGAGGCGGUGGCAGACGUCGACAACCUGGACAUCCGCUGCAGCGUCAACGGGCAACUGAUGCAGAGCGGCAACACGAGUCAGCUCAUCUUCAAAGUGCCGCAGCUCGUCGCCUGGGUCUCGCGCUUCGUCACGCUGCUCCCCGGCGACGUCUUCCUCACGGGCACGCCCCCCGGCGUGGGGGUUUUCCGGAAACCCCCCGUGUUUCUCAAGCCAGGGGAUGUGGUGCAGUGCGACAUCGAGGGGCUGGGUACCAUCCGCAACAAGGUGGUGUGAGGACAGCACCGCGCGGCACCCGCCUUUCCAACACCUUCAAUAAAACCACGAGCUGCAUCGCGCUA